GAUUGUGUGGAGAAUUUGAAGGUUUGCUAGUAAAAUUAGCCAUAAAACACAUAAUACCGUCGCCUAAACUCCAGUUUUAAACAACCAUCGUACACCACAUCAUCACCAUAGCAAUUUCCCAAAUACUUCACCAUUUCAAUCCCUAAAAUAUUCCACUUCUUGAUUUCACUCUCAAAAAAAUUUCAAUUAACUUCCAAGAAAUGCGAAUUCUCGAACAAAUAACUCAAGAUUCACCGUUUUCAAUCCAAAUUUCGCAAAACCCUAAUAAUAAUAAUUCCACUAUCCACCAAGAAACGGGAUUUUUUGGACUAGGGUUGUUUAAUUGGCUUUUCGAGUGUCACGGAUUCUUGCACAAUGUGAUCUUGAUAUUGGGUUCUAUUGGUUUUAUACUUUACUUGUCAUUUCAGGCUAAAAAAUGUCUUACCAAGCUAUCACAUGGAAGAUCAUAUAUUAUGAUUGCUUAUUAUGGCACUCUUUGGCUUGUUAGCUUGCUUAAUCUUGCUUGGUGUUGCUUUCAGGCAUGGGAGUGCACCCCUGGAAAGGAAUUACCAUGGAAUCUCUUAUCUUUGUUUACUACAUCCGGAAUGCUCUUUUUGGAAGUAAGCUUGAUUUCCUUUUUGCUCCAAGGAAAUUAUGCAAGUGGGUUGGAGGCUUUGACGCGAACUUUUGCUGUCUCAGCACUCAUUGUUGGUUUGGACAUACUCCUCAAGGCAAUUUAUAUGUUUGGACUUGGGAUUCCUUUAUUCAUCGACAGCCAUGAUUCUUCACAUCACACGAAAUGGAGCUUGUGGGUUAUUCAUAGGCUUGUGUUAACUGCUGUAUAUGGUGGUAUAUUGUUCAUGUACCACUCUAAGUGGAGGGAGAGGUUACCUGCAAGGCCUGCAUUCUACAAGUACAUCGUCAUGAUGUUCACUUUAAAUGCUCUAGCCCUAUUUGCUUGUGGGCUUACUGGCCACGGAACUGGCUUUGGUUUCUGGUUGUACGGCAUCACAAUUGUUUGCUACCAUGCAUUUUACCUCCCUCUUCUGUACAAAACAUUUUUAGCAGACUUUUUCCAGGAAGAAGACUUGCAUCUAGAGAAUGUUUAUUAUUCAGAGAUGAAAGAUGCUGGUUUCUUUGAUGCUGAUUGGGAAUGAUGCAGUCACACUCUUGUCUGAAGUUAUGUAUAUAAAAUUAGGUAAUGCUUUAAGAUUGGCAAAGACAACCGUUUGUUCAGUGCUACUAGUUGUAUUACUGUAGAUGUGCUACUUUAUGCAAAAUGUAACUCUAAUAGGGUUGCAUUGCAUGUUAUAAAAGUGUAUAAUACAGAAUAAGCGAAGCAUCGUGUAAUUUUUUUCUUUCUUUUUUACAUUUUUUUCAGUUAAGCUAAACCAGGAUAUGCAAUGAAAAAUAAAUUAGUUGAUUUUCCUCUCU